UAUAGAAGUUUAAGGUGUUCGUUUGCUGCAAGGCUGCUCAAGUACUACAAGAAAUAUUGCGUGACAUUGGCAACACUGUUUAUAAAAGAUUCGUCAUUGAUAUUAAUUGACUGUAAUUCAAAUGUAGCAGAAAGACUAAUUGGAGACCAAAAAACUAUACAAAAUCUUUAGAAUUACAAAAUUAUCAAGAGUAUAUUAGGCAUAAACCCAAUGGCUUGCAAAUUUUAUUAUUUUGGAUUCGGCAGUAACCUUUUGGCUAAACGCUUGCACAUACAAAAUCCUACUGCUGUGCGUGUAGGACCCGGCAAAUUGGAGAACUAUCGUUUGGAUUUUCAUAUUGUCACAGAACGUUGGUUUGGUGCUGGUGCAACCAUAGUACCUACCAAAGGUGAUUCUGUAUGGGGAGCCAUAUGGGAGUUGGAUGGUUGUGAUAUGAAAAAUUUGGAUAAUCAAGAGGGUGUCCAUCAAGGCAUAUACACCCCCAUUACCGUCUCCGUCUAUUGUCCUACCUUGAACACGAUCCUGGAGUGUAGGGCAUAUCAUUUAUGCAAUCAACCAGAAAGUGAUUUGAAAAAUUUACAUGCAAAUGAAGUAUCUAUUGAUCGUUUGCCAUCAUCAACAUAUCUAAAGGCUUUGAUUAAAGGAGCUCUGGAAACGGGCAUUCCUUACGGAUACAUCGAUUGGUUGAUGCAUUUACCACACAAUGCCAAUAUUGCUGAGAGAUUUGAAACAGAAUUGGAACUGGAAAAUGUACCAUUGUAUUAAAUGCUGAUGCUUAUGAAGAGUUUUGAUUUUAAAUUAGUCAAAGAGAACUUUUUUAACCAAAUUACGCAACAAUAUCAGUAUUAUGUAUAGAAUUCCUAUAAUUGUUCUUACCCAAAGAAUAUAAAAGUAUUAUAAAGAAAAGUUGAAAAUAUAUAUUUACAUAAAGUAUUAUAAAAAAGUUGAAUAAA